AGGAAUGAGAAAUAGGUUAAAUAUGGCAUGUCCUCGGAUGUAAUUUCAAAUUGCUCCCUCUACUCGAUAAAUCCCCCCUAAACUUCCCAAGAACAUUCACCCCGAAGCAUUCGAACCCACGGUGAUGGAGGGUCAUGAGGGCGCGAGGGAGGUGCAUAAAGAGUGCAUGAGGAACCACUCGCUGAGGCACGGCGCCGGCUACACCGUGGACGGCUGCUGCAGGUUCAUUCCGGCGUCCGGCGACCGCCAGCUGCAGUGCGGCGCAUGCGGCUGUCACCGCAACUUCCACCGCACAGACUUCUGCAUCGCCGGCACCCUGCCGGAGCGGAGUGAGAGGCGGCGGCCGCGGGCGAGGUUUUCGGAGGAGCAGAAGCAGCGCAUGGCUGGCUGCGCGGAGAGGCUUGGGUGGAAGAUCCCGAGGAGCCGUGCCAGGGCUGGAGGCGAGGAGGAUCAGGUAUCGAGGUUCUGCCGCGGGAUCGGGGUGACCAGGCAGGCGUUCAAGGUGUGGAUGCACAACCACAAGGGCAGCGCCAGUUCUGCUCCAGUAGCGGCGGCGGCGGCACUGGUGGCGUCGUCGGAGGCCACCGCUCGAGGUGGAGCGGCUAUGAACGGAGGAGUGGAGGAGGUGAUCAAGAUCGGGGACGAGGCGAUGGAAGAGGAGGCAAAGGAUCUUGAUUGAGCUAAUUUGCAUGCAGAAUGUGUUUGAUUUGGACAUGAUUUUAAUAAUAAAUCUGAAUCCUCCGU